CCCCAGUACAAACUACCUUUAUUCCUCAACUUUCUUGGUGUCCAUAAGUAGAGUUGCUUCAUGUCUCUUGCUUCCCGCUUUCUCCUCCAUUGAAAGAAAACCAAAGUUCAAACUUUCAUCUUCAGUUUGCUGCAAAUUAGACCUUUAUAAUACCCUAUUUCCAUAGUCCAGUCUUACUCAAAACAUAGCCAGAAUCUCACCAACUCAAUUCUUUAGCAGAAAAGGGUUGGUAAGUGAAUGAGUUUUGAUGGUUUGCCUUUGGCGUAAUCCAUAAUAGGCUCCAAAAUCUUGAAAUAAUCCAUAUCCUACCCUUGAAACUCUCGAGCUUUAAUUUCUUUUUUUUUUUUUUCUGGGUGUUCUUCAUGGACUACUUGAAGGAACUAGAAGGAAAAAGUGCCCACGAUUGUUAUCACCAGAUAAAGAUGAAUAAAAUGGCAAGCCCUAUAUUUGUUCCGGGACCAGUAAUAGUGGGAGCUGGUCCCUCAGGGCUAGCUGCAGCAGCUUGUCUUAAACAGAAAGGUAUUCCAAGCCUGAUCCUUGAAAGAGCUGAAUGCUUAGCUUCAAUGUGGCAGUUCAGGACUUACGAUCGUCUCCGACUUCAUCUCCCAAAGCAAUUCUGCCAGCUCCCUCUCAUGCCAUUCCCCAAAACCUUACCUUCCUAUCCUACCAAACAGCAGUUCUUGGCCUACCUAAAGCUCUACGCCGAUCACUUUGACAUAAAACCUGCCUUCAGCCAGGACGUGGUCAGUGCUGAGUUCGAUCAUGUGUGCAAGCUUUGGAGGGUCAAGACUCAAGCACGACACAAGAGAGAUGAGACUGCAGAAUAUCUUUGUCAAUGGCUUAUAGUUGCUACUGGAGAGUGUGCUGAGGAAGUAAGGCCUCAGAUUGAAGGGAUGGCAGAAUUUGAAGGGACUAUUCAGCACACCAGCUCGUACAAGAGUGGAAGCAGGUUCUGUGGGAAGAAUGUUUUGGUAGUAGGCUGUGGGAAUUCAGGAAUGGAGGUUUGCCUUGAUCUCUGCAACCAUAAUGCUCGUCCAUCUCUAGUUGUUAGAGACGCGGUGCACAUCUUGCCACAGCAGAUGCUCGGGAAAUCAACUUUUGGUUUAUCAAUGUUCUUGCUCAAGUGGUUCCCCAUGCGUUUUGUGGAUCAGUUUUUGCUUCUACUGUCACAUCUCAUGCUCGGAGACACAGCUCAAUUCGGUCUUCGCCGUCCCAAACUCGGGCCUCUAGAGCUCAAGAGCUUGUACGGCAAGACACCAGUUUUGGAUGUUGGGACACUGGCUCAGAUAAAAAAUGGAAAAAUUAAGGUUUGCCGGGGAAUAAAACGACUAGCACGCAAUGCGGUGGAGUUUGUUGAUGGAAAAGUUGAGAACUUUGAUGCCAUCAUUCUGGCAACUGGUUACAAAAGCAAUGUACCCUCUUGGUUAAAGGGGAGUGACAUGUUCAGCGAGAAAGAUGGAUUGCCCCGGAAGCCAUUUCCAAAUGGGUGGAAAGGUGAAAAUGGACUGUAUGCUGUGGGAUUCACAAAACGUGGGCUGCUUGGUGCAUCAAUUGAUGCAAAGAGGAUUGCAGAAGAUAUCGAACAUAGCUGGAAAGCUGAGGCCACGCAUGUUUUGGAGUAUCCUUGUCCACUUGCAUGAUGUGAGAAUUGAAAGAUAAAACUGUUUUAGGAUUAGAAAAAGCAAAGAAAAAGAGAGAGGAAUGGCCUGUAGCCUCUUGGUGGUGCCUUUUAUUUGACACAUUGGAUUGUACCAAACAAUUUCUCUCCCAUUUGAGUACAGCAGCCUCAAAAGGGAAAAAGGAGUUUGAGCAAGAAAAAGGGUGGAAAAGAAACUCAAAAUGAGAGAGCAUAUAUGUGUGUAUAGAAUGUGUGAUUCCCAUAAAUGUGUAUGUAUUUUUAGCUUGGUUGGAUGGGUUGAAAUUAACUAGUUGAUGAAUAUUUUCAUAUUACACAUUUGUAUAUCUUGUACAUUGCACCAUCUAUUAGCUACUAGAGGAAUUUUUUGAGCCUAUGUAGGAACUAUGUAUUAAUGUUGUUGUUGUAUU